AGGACCACGUAUUGUCAACAGUUAGCCAUCUUGACAUAUCUGGCAUGAAACGCCUGCUGCUACGAGUCCUUGUCAGAGCCCCUAAAACAAUGAGGGGCUUGUGGUUGGUGGCCGCUCUGCCGAGGUUGUAUCACGUUUCUCCCUUUCUGUCCGCCUCGCCGCUGCAGGGGGACGGCGCUUGCAACGGGCCGGGCGGUAAGAAGGCUUUGCUGUCGGACCCGCAGCUGUUCGGAGCCCAGUUUGAAGAGCUGGUGACGGAGCUCACGGAGAGAGACUUCACAGAUCCCGCACUCGGUGACGCUCUCGCCAGGCUGAGAGAGGUUCUGGUGUACAACGCACCCGGAGGCAAGAGGAAUCGAGGCUUAUCUGUGAUUGGCUCGUUACGGGAGCUUGUCCCGCCCGCUGAGCUUGCCCAGGACACGGUGCAACGGGCUCUGCUGGUUGGCUGGUGCAUUGAGCUGCUUCAAGCAUUUUUCCUAGUAGCUGAUGAUAUCAUGGAUGCAUCUGUGACACGGAGAGGACAGCCCUGCUGGUACAAGAAGGACGGCGUUGGUCUGGAUGCCAUCAAUGACGCCUUUCUCUUGGAAGCGGCCAUCUAUAGACUGUUACGCAGACACUGCAGGGACCAGCCCUACUACCUUCAUCUACUGGAACUCUUCAUUGAGACUUCAUUCCAGACAGAGCUGGGUCAGGCUCUGGACCUCAUGACAGCACCACCUGGUCAGAUAGAUCUCAAAAGAUUUACCAUGGCGAGGUACAAGGCUAUUGUCAAAUACAAGACUGCCUUCUAUUCCUUCUACCUCCCGGUGGCAGCAGCAAUGUACAUGGCGGGAAUCGAGAGCAAAGAGGAGCACAGCAACGCCAAACACAUCCUGCUGGAGAUGGGGGAGUUCUUCCAGAUACAGGAUGACUACUUGGAUUGUUACGGCAACCCCGCUGUCACGGGGAAGAUUGGCACCGACAUCCAGGAUAAUAAAUGCAGCUGGCUGGUAGUGACGGCCCUGGGUGUCAUGACCCCCGAGCAGAGGGCAGAGCUGGAGGCCUGUUACGGACGCCAUGAUGACGCUAGUGUGGAGAGGGUCAAAACACUGUACGACACCCUUCAGAUGCCGGCGCUUUACCACAAGCACGAAGAAGAGAGCUACCAGCGACUCCAGAAUCUGAUCGCGUGUCACGCCAAAAACCUUCCCCACUCGGUGUUCCUCAACUUUGCUCAGAAAAUCUACAAGCGGAACAAGUGAUGGGACGGUUUUGUUUGAGCGGGACCGGCAGGGCCCGCACUAUUCAGCUGACACAUUGGUCAACAUCUUGCGUACUGUAGUGUGAACCGGGUCCGCUGGUGCUCGAGACUGCGCUGGCGACCAGCAUGGAGCUGACGCUUAGGGAGGCGGGUCAGUUCUGGUGAAACUGAACCCCCUUACUUAGAUAGUUCUCCUCUUCCUGUUUUCUCUGUCUCAUCUGUCCACUUGUGAAUGUCAUCAGUUCGCCCGUCACCUUUUUUUCUGUGUUCUCUCUCUAUUUUUUUUUUUUAACCUAAUGCAUGAUGGACAAUAUCGCUUGUCAUCACUGCUCUAGAAUCCCAUGGAUUUGUUAAGUGACGGUGGCGUGAAUCCCACAUGUGUUUUGUUCAGCGGUCAUAUUGGUCAGCCCUGAGCUGUGCGUAGUAUUUUUACGUGGAUUAAAAUACAGAUGUGCACAGAUGCUCCUGCUGACGAGGGUCAGUUACAGUAAAGCGGCUAAGCCGGCGGUGUUGGCUCGGUUUGAGAUCCAUAAAUGACGACGCAAGAGAGUAAAAUGGGAUCGUAAUAAUUUAAACAAAGUGAAAACAGAUUUGUAGAUUGAAGACGAGGUUUUGUGUUGGGAUGUGCUCGUAGAUCAGGGCAAACUAAAGGGUUUGUUGUCCCUGAUGUGCUUAUCGCUGCUAUAAAGGUUAUUAGAACGAUGCGACCUGUAAUAAAAGACACAUGA